AUGACUGAUACAAGCCCUCCGCCAGAAGCGCAACGCUUUGGUAGAUCGCAGACGCCCGAAAGCCCUCGACCUGUCCAUAUACCCGAGCCUUCAACCAUUCCCGUCUUGCUGAAUCAAAUGGACCCAGUCUUCAAUGACACCGCCACCUAUAACAUUCCUCAUAAUCAAACCUUUUCUCCUUACUCAGACUCUGCCCGCGCUAUGAAUGAACCCAAUUCUGACGAACAAGACGCCGUUCAAAACUUCUUACGAGGCGCCGAGGAAGAAAAUGCCCGUUUCGAGAAUGAUGCUCAGUUCCCAGAUACAAAUGGCCAGACUACCCAGAGUGGUACUUCUAUCGAGUCUACGCUUCUUCCAGCCCUUGCAAGUACUUCCACAUUUCCGCAAUCGUCUGAGCCAAAUGCACACACAUCCCAAGAUGUCUCCAACCAGGCCCAAACUGCAGCGCAGACAGGCAAUGAAACUUCGUCGAUCACUGAGUCCAAUGCCAAUGUUAGCAAUGGAAAUUCUAGCCUUCCAACUACUGCUGAGAGCACAUUUGAGCCAGAGUCUACCGUGAAGCCCAACCCUCGGUCAGCAAAAGGUGGAGUAGAUUAUCAGUCACUUCUGGACACCAUUUCUCGAUCUACCUCUACUGCCCCUGCUGCAGAUCCUGUUUCUGCCCCAACUGCUGCUGCAUCGCUAGUCGACCAAGGAUCCAAUCCAUUUCCUCCAAUUCCCGGUUUACCCCCCAAGCCACCGGCGCAGGCGAAUCCUCCAGAAUCUCCCACUUAUUACACAUAUUCUAACUCCAGAAGCGACCCUCGAGAACAGUACCAAACAGUGAACCACGAUGCUUCCAAACUCAACGGUACAGAGACAACUACGUCCCAACCUGCCAUUCAAGGCAUCCUUACCCAAGCCCCGGGCACCUGGGAUCAGACCGCCAGCCAAGUAUUGCCCAGAAACGCUGAACCUUCUUCCGCCAGCAAUCUUCUUCAAUCAUCCGAAUCGUCGAUAUCAACCGAUCUGAACGAACGUCCGUGGACUCCGACGACUCAAGCCCUGUAUGAUCGAUUUCUCGAGGAUGAACGACGGUAUGUUACGGAAGGGAUAUGGGAUAAAUUUCCUCAAGGUUCUCGGCUUUUUGUCGGUAAUCUGCCAUCGGAGAAAGUUACAAAGCGUGAUCUCUUCCAUACAUUCCACAAACAUGGCCGAUUGGCUCAAAUAUCAAUAAAACAAGCGUAUGGUUUUGUCCAAUACUUGGAAGCAUCGUCGUGCCAAGCUGCGCUUCACGCAGAACAAGGUGUCGAAAUUCGAGGAAGGAAAAUUCAUUUGGAGAUUUCUAAGCCUCAGAAGAACACAAGAAGUCAGGGCCAAGGCAACAAAAGACGUCGAUCUCGCUCUCCGGAUCGUGGAGUCACACGCCAGAAUGACCGAUAUGGUCGCUCAAACUUUAGUGACUUCCGAGACCAACCCAAUAGGCGUGACGACUAUCGCCCUAGACGUUCGCCUUCGCCUCGAAGUUAUCGCACCAGAGACGAUUAUCGCCAAAUUGGUCAAAGCCCACAAUUUGGCUCUGAUGGAAGACCCAGGUCCCCGUAUUCAAGCAAUUUCCCACCGGCAAAUCUUCCCGGAUAUGACGAAGAGGCUUUGUUGCCUCUGCCGCGAAGAGAACCAGCGGAUGUUCCGGACGUACAGCUCCUCAUUAUCGACCCUUCAGUUGCACGAAGCUUUAUCAAUUGGAUCGAGCAAGGUUUCCGUUCUAAAGGGUUGCGGGCUUCGACCAUCUGGCUCAGCCCUCGACUCCCUCUUAGUGCCGUCGUGAAAAGGCAGAUUAUUGAAGGUGUCCAAGCAGUGGUCAAAUUGACUCAAAGUGCUCAAUUCAACAGCAAGAUUCCUCUCCAAGUUUUCGACCGAAGCACAGGAGCUUCGAACGUCAAUUUCAACGAAUAUGUCGACCUUGAUAUCCCGGUCGCGGCGGACAUUGUCCUUCAUGCCCGACAAAAAGAACGAGGAACUGUGCAGCUCAGUCCUCAAGGCUUUCCACCACAGGGAUACCCACAGACACCGUUUGGCCAUCACCCGGCUCCUCAAUUCGCACCCCAAUUGCCUCCAAAUUUCCCACAGCCACAGCACAAUCAAUUCCGGUACAGCCAACAAUCUCAAUAUCACAGCCAGGUGCAGACGCCUUUAACUCCCAAUUCGUCCGCUCCGAAUCUACAGCAGCUACUGGCGAACCUUCGGCAGCCUGGAGAGUCACAGAAUAGUACGUCAACUACAAGCGAGAAACCUGCGCCUGAUCUUGCGGGCAUUCUCAGCAAUGUAGCUCGUCAACAGAGUCAAGCUGGGCAAUUUCCUCAACAAUCGCCUCCUUCUCAACAACCACCAAGUUAUGGUAACGCUCCAGCAUAUGGAACUGGGCAACAACCACAACAAAAUGUACAAAAUAUUAUGGAGACUUUGGCGAGAUACAAUCGUUAA